AUGCAUAUUAAGCCAAGGACCAAUCGGAACGCCAGAACUAGAAAAGUCUCUGAGGAGGGGAGGUGCCAGUUGUCCCUUCCGACCAGCCUCAAGUCCUCCUGCACCUGGCUGGGAGAGUCCACUAUUACAGGUGUGGAAUCUGUUUCUCCAAACCUUCCCCUGGCAGCUUACUCUGGAUCUGGGGACUCCCUUGUCAGGACCCACCUGGACAAGGCAGACCAGCCCCCAGUCUCCCUCAUUUGCAACAGACUGCACACUCUGCUCUUCCCUAAAAUCCAACAACCUGCAUGUAACUAUCCUCUGGGGAAAAAGAAAGGCAGACCAGGGGAAAAGCAGCACUUGAACUCAGAAACUGAACAACCCCAGUAUGGUCCAGAGAAAAGCAAGUCCAACUAUGUCCCCUGGAAGCUUCCAGCAAUGGAACCUCUUAGCCGCAUAGGGAAGAUGGAACCAUCCUGCCCAGAGGUGCAGACCCAAGGCUGUGGGGCCUCUCCUCAGCUCUUCCUGAGGAAUCUCUCGAAGAAGCACGGUGAGAACAAGGGGAGUCUUCUUUACUUUGACCAGCAAGCCCCAAACCCCAUCUCUACCUCUCCCACUUUGAGGAGAUUAAGGAGAAAUGGCUGCGGGACUUCACGCUCCCUAACCUGGGAGCUGGAAGGAGACUGCAGGCUCUCCAAGAGUCUACACAGAAGCCCAGAGAAUUCUUCACACUCCCUAUUGCCCUUGAGAAUCAAGAAUGCCUCCAGGGCAGAAUCCAGAAAACCAAGAUGGCCUUUCUCCAAGAGAGGACAAAGCAAAGACAAACACAGGAACCUUUCCUAUCUGGAAAGCUGCCUGUCCUCUGUGAAAAUUACAGACUUUGGAGCCCGUGAUUUCUCCCAUGUACAGGAUGAAACCUGGAAUGAAGUCAUGGAAACACAUCAGAAACUUCCCACCGACCAAUUAGACUUGAGAAAGCAGCAAGAGGCCAUGUGGGAACUCUUCACAAGUGAAUGCACUUAUUUCUUGGACCAUUUAUUAGUUCUUAAGAUGAUCUUCAUGAAUAUAUUAAAAUAUCUACAAACUCAUGAAUAUCUCCUGGAUGUGGCUGUAUGGAGACUUUUUGCAAACCUAGAGGCAUUGAGUCAGAUGAGUCACAAAAAGCUUUGGUUUUGUGAACAGUCUUUUCAGUAUCAUCAAGGACUAGGCCAAGCCUUUGGAGACUUCACUGCUGGUGGAUUUAAUUUCCAAGCUCACAAAGCAUCAUACCUGAGCCCUUCUGUAGGAUCCAGAGAAGAUGGUCCCAGCCUUUCCAGAAAACCAGCUCUGCUCUGCACCUGUAAGAAGGCCCCUCCUUCCUCUCACCCCAGAGCAUCCCCUCAGAGGCAUGGGAAGCAAGGCUAUGGCAGUUCCCAAACCCUUUACCAGGAAUCAGUGUGCCUUUGCCACGGCCUAGAGGUGCCAGAAAGCCUGGCAGCAUCAGAGACUCGAGAAACUGCCCCAGCGAGCGAAAGUUCUUCCUUUCCUUACCAUCCUCCGGUGUACAUUCUCAGCUUUUCCGUAAAUCACAGUGAGGAUGGGAGCAGAGCUGGUGAAGCCAGAAAUCUCCCCCAAGGGCCGGGGAGAAGGAAGAAGCCCAUGGGCAAAACUAAACUCAACUGCGAGUGGGCUGCCCUGCACAGGCUGACUUGGUACCCCUUGUUACUGAAGAAUGUCUGGAAACAGAGUAAAGACUCUGCAGAGGAAAUCAUGAUCCACCCAUCAAGGAACAGGUGACGUCACUCAGUAAGGGAUCUUGAAUGAAAAGUGGAGUGGCUUGACAAUUUCCAAAAAAUGAGAUGUCUAUAGGAGAUUAUAAUGUGGCCUCCACUAUGGAGUAGUGAUAAAGUAGUCUUCAUUCCAGAAUGCUUGGAACAUAUUUUUAAUGAACACACAUCAGAAAACAUCUUGUCACUAACCAACAGACCCCUUCUCCUUGAAGAAAAAAGCACCAGAUUCCUAGAUGUUUAUCUGUUACUUGUUAUGAAAACUGAGCGCAACAAAAAGAAACUUGGAGGCUCAGACCCUGGUUUACUGUGUCCUUCACUCACUCCUGAGCUGCAAAUAGUAAUAAGAGGGGGUACUUAGUGUACAGUAGUUGAUCAGCGAAAUGCUUUCCUUGUACAACAUGAAAACAGGUAUGGACAGUGUAUAGCACCAUUCUUAUUACAAGCCCAAAUGGAAAACAUCAGAGAAAUGUGGACGGCACAAAUAAUAGCAGCGAUCUCUUGCUUCACCAAGAAUCAGGAAACCAAGAAUAUAUCUUUAUUUACAUUGCCUGCAGAAUCCUGA